GUUGGGAAAUGAUUGGACCAGGCCAGUUUUGGCAGCUCCACUUCCCCCUGGGUGGGGCAGCAAGCCCCAAUAAAAAGGUCCUCUGCUGCACGACUGCCAUCCUCCUGCUACUAGAGUCCCAGCGACUUUGGAGAACCUGACUCCAGAAAGAUGUCUUAUCAACAGCAGCAGUGCAAGCAGCCCUGCCAUCCACCUCCAGUGUGCCCACCAAAGUGCCCUGAGCCUUGCCCACCUAUAAAGUGUCCAGAGCCUUGCCCACCUAUAAAGUGUCCUGAUCCAUGCCCACCUCAGCAGUGCCAGCAGAAAUGCCCUCCUGUGCCACCUCCCCAACCAUGUGAGCCGAAGUGCCCACCCAAGUGCAAAUAACUGCUGCAGAUUUCAUCUAGAUCAGGAAAGGAUAAGGACAAUUGGCUCACCUAGUUCCCCAGCUCCACCUUCACCUUCACUUCAAAGAGCAUCAUGGAUAGAGAAGAAGCUUCUCCACCCUUCAGCCUGCAAUAUGCCUGUGGUGAUGCUGACAGCCUGAGGUUUCCUUCCUGAGGUGACUGUACUGCUUUUCCUGGGAGGUAGCUGAGAGAGCAUGACAGAGCUUCAGAAGGAAGAGCAGCAGCUCUCCUCCUGGGCACCAUCAGAGGAUUCUCUCGCUUUCUUCCAUAUCUGUCUGUUACCUGGGCAGGGGUUUGUACCAGCUGAGCAGUUGUUACUUCUUCUCCAUUUCCUGAAUAAAUUACAGUUCUUUGUGUGAUAAUAAAGUGUUUUCUUUCUUUUAAAA